AUGGAUAUCUUUCUCAAAAACUUAUUAAUGAAAUCCUUAGUAAAUCAGGCAGAAUCUAAGUUACUAAUCUUAAAAUAAAAUGAUUUUAAGGAAAUAAAUGACGAUUGUUAAACAAAUGGUCUUUGUUGUAGAAAGAAAAUAAAAAGAGAAUAGGUUGAUGAAAAUCAAUACUGUUUAGAAGGGGUUUAGAGAAUCAAGUAACAAGAAGAAGAAUAAAAAGAACAAGAUGUUGGAAUGAAUAAAUAUAUAUAUGAUAUGUAAUAAACAAAUAAUUAACUAUUAGGAAUAAAAUAUUGAAGGAGUAGUAAGAAGAUUUGUUGUUAGAAUAUCGUUUAGAGAAUUCAAUUUAGUAUAUAGAUGGUGAAACAUUAGUAUUAUAUAUAAUUAUACUUUAGGUUAAAACCAUUAAGUCACCUGAUCUAAUUAUUUAUGAUUGUCGAUAUUAAUAUGAAUUUUAAGGUGGACAUAUAAAGGGAGCUAUUAAUUUAAAUCAUUCUACAAAUCUAUUCGAUGAAUUAUUCUGUGUAUAGGGAUAAUCAAAGAAAAUUGUGGUUUUGUAUUGUGAAUUUUCAAUAAAAAGAAGUCUCGAAAAGUAUUAAUAUAAUUUAUAAUUUUUAGAUAUUUUGAGAUUCGAAAACUAGAUAGAAGUAUGAAUUAAUAUCCAAAAUUAACAUAUAACAAUUUAUAUCUAUUGUCUGAUGGAUAUUCAAAGUUCUAUUAGAAUUUUUCUCAUUUUUGUAAUGGAUUUUAUAUUUCAAUGAAUGAUCCUUAAUAUGAAUAAUAAUUAGACUAAGAAUAAUAAAGAAGGAUAAUUUUGAAACAAAAAAAUAAUUAUAGAAAAUCACUUGCUGUUUGA